CUUUUAAAUAAAGAAUGAAAUCUGUAUUGGGUAUAUUGUUUGUCAUGUCAGUAUCGCUUUCCUCUUUCUAUGCAAGAAUUUUAAGUACCAUUUUGAUUGAUUGUGAUCAUACAGUAAGUCAACUCCCUUAUUAUCCUAUUCUUUGAUUGUAUCAGUAUCUGACUACCUGUUACUUCCUUUGUUUCAGUCUUCAUAGUAUUUGUUGUGCUAUUGUUCUUUUCUCCAGUUCUGUUUUUUCAUCAUGGCUCUUCAUUACUGUAUUCCAUCCUCUCGCUUUGAUAUGUUUUACUUGAGCCGAGGGUCUAUGGAAACCUCUCUACCUGCACAGGGUAGGGAUAAGGUUUGCGUGCACACCACUCUCCCCAGAUUUCCUUGUGGGAUUAUACUGGGUACGAUGUCGUUGUUGUUGUUGUUGUGAUCAUCCAUUGAGUUUCUGUAUCCUCAUGAAGAGUACAUGAAAAAGAAAAAAGAAAUUAGGAAACAAAAAAGCCUACUUUUUUCUUGUUUCUGCCUUGUGAUAAAAUUGGGGUAGUUGUGAUUGUAUUCUAUAUUGUGUGGAUUCAUCAUAAAUUUACUAGUUAUGCACUGACUGUCAACCUACCGCAACCCUCUUCCUUUAUACGGGCUUGGAAUUGGCAAUGUUAGCAAUCUCACAGGCCGAGUGUGUUCCUGUUGUUGCGGUCCUGUGGAUUAGAAUAAAUGGUAAUCUAUAUUGUCGCUACCUUGUGUGUAAUAACAGUUUAAAGUGGAAUGAGGUUCCUAAAUAAUCAGUGACAUCUCUGAGUUAGAAUCUUACAGUUGCUAUUAUGGCUUCUCUGCAUCUGAAUUUGGUGUUAGGGGAAACAUGCUAUGUAGUGAUUUAAAUCAUAGUCUUUUUAUAGCUAAUGAAGUUCACUGAUUAUCUCUAGUAUGGUACGGAAAGAGUGAAAAAGUAGAUAAACUACAGUUAGGUGCGGCUUGGGGAGAACAAGAAAUGCUCAAAAUGAAUUAGAAGCUGAAAGUCUAAAGUGGCGCGGAAUUUAUAAAUGCAGGAAAAGGAUAGAGAAAGUGUUCCACUGAAGUAAUAUUUUUGGAGUCAGGUUUACAGAAAAAGAUGGGGUCUAUAUCCACCAUCAUGGUUCUUUUCUUUUAUAAAUAUCUCAGAGAAAUUGAAGGCACAUUGACACGCGGACAAUUUUGGAUAGGAAGCAGAAACAACUGUUAUUACCAGGAAAGAAGAAGAAAAGAUGGAAAAGGAAGAACAACAUCUCAAAGUCGAGAAAGACAGAGAAAAGUCUGGUGAUUUGGAGGAGAAAAAGAAGAAAGACAAAAAGGAUAAAGAACAAAAUAAUGAGAGCGAGGAGUUGGAGGAUGAAAAAGAAGAUGAAACAAAAAAUGUAAAAGAGAAGAAAGACAAGAAGGAAAAAAAAGAGAAGAAGGAUAAAGAAAAGAAAGACAAGAGCAAAGAGAAGUCGGAGGAAGAAACCAAGGAAGAGAAGGAUGAUGAAGAUGGGGAGAGGAAGGCUCUCAAGACGGUUAAGAAAGAGAAAAAGGGAAAAGUGAAGAGUGAAGAGGAGUCGGAGGAAGAAAAGGGUGAUGAAAAAGUUGAGAAGAAACUCAAGAUAGUUAAGAUUGAGAAAAAAGAAAAAGAGAAGAAAGACAAGAGCAAAGAGGUGUCAGAGGAAGAAAAAGUGGAGAAGAUAGUUAAGAUAGAUAAAAAGGAAAAAGAGAAGAAAGACAAGAGAAAAGAGGAGUCGGAGAAAGAAACGGAUGACGAAAAAGGGGACAAGAAACACAAGAAGGAAAAGAAAGAGAAAAAGAACAAAGAAGAGAAAGAGAAGAUCAAAGAGGAGUCGGAAGAAGAAAUAGAGGAAGAGAAGGAUAACGAAAAAGGAAAGAAGGAGGAUAAAGAGAAGAAAUACAAGAAAAAAGAGGUGUCGGAUAAAGAAAAUGAGAGCCAAGAAGAUGAAGAAGAGAACGAUGAAAAAGGUGUAAGGAAAGAUAAAGAGAAGAAACACAAUAAGGAAAAGAAAGAUAAAAAGGAUAAAGGAAAGAAAGAUAAGAGCAAACAGUCGGAGAAAGAAGACAAGAAAGAGAAGAAAAAGGAUAAAGAGAAGAAAGACAAGAGCAAAGAGGUAUCAGACGAAGAGAAGGAUGAUGAAGGAGGCAAGAAGAAGGAUAAAGAAAAGAAAGUCCAGAGCAAAGAGGAGUCACAUGAAGAAGACAAGAAAGACAAGGUAAAUGCAGCUGAAGUCACCACACGAGAGAUAAAAGUUGAGGAACACAAGAAAGUAUCCGAUGAUGAAGCAAAAGAGAAAAGUAAAAGCAAGGAGAAGAAGGGGAAGGAAGGUAAAGAUGAGAAACAAAAGGAUUCAAAAAAAGAUAAAGCUGAGAAGAAGAGAAAACUUGAGGACAAGUAUAAAAGCAAAGAUUUAGGUAAGUUGAAAUCCCAGUUGGAUAAGAUCAAUGCCAAACUGGAAGCACUUCAGCAGAAAAAAGCAGACAUCCUGAAGACAAUAAAAGAAACAGAGGAUAAGAACCUAGCAGUGGUUGAGAGUCCCAAAGAUGCAGAACCGAAGGCACACAGCGUGUAGUGGCUCAACAGUGCGGUAUAUUUUCAUAAUAGCCUUACCUAUACUUAUAAAUCGGUUAUGUAUCCUUUUUCUCCCACUGUCAUGUAGAAAUGUAUCAUCUUUGUCUCAAAUAAGUUAAAACUAGAGAUGAUAUUUGUAUUAAGUUUUCAUAAAUUUUGACAUUUUUGCAAAUAAUCUUUCUUAACAA